UCAUGAGAGGAAUAGCUCGGGUAGAUGCACAGAGUCUCUUGCCCAGAGUAGGUGAAUCGAGGACCAGAGGGCAUAAGUUUAAGGUGAAGGGGGAAAGAAAUAAUAGUAAUCCAAGGGGUAACUGUUUCACACAGAGGGUGGUGGGUGUAUGGAACAAGCUGCCAGAGGAGGUGGUUAAGGCUGGGACUAUCCCAAUGUUUAAGAAACAUUAGACAGGUAGGUGAGUGAAUGGUGGGUGUAUGGAACGAGCUGCCGGAGGAGGUAGUUGAGGCAAUGUUGAAGAAACAUUUAGACAGGUACAUGGAUAGGACAGGUUUGGAGGGAUAUGGACCAAACGUGGGCAGGUGGGACUAGUGUAGAUGGGAUAUGUUGGCCAGUGUGGGCAAGUGGGGCCGAAGGGCCUGUUUCCAUGCUGUAUCAGUCUAUGACCAGUAUGGGCAAGUGGGGCUGAAGGGCCUGUUUCCAUGCUGUAUCAGUCUAUGACCGGUGUGGGCAAGUGGGGCUGAAGGGCCUGUUUCCACGCUGUAUCAGUCUAUAACCAGUGUGGGCAAGUUGGGCUGAAGGGCCUGGUUCCAUGCUGUAUAACCAGUAUGGGCAAGUGGGGCCGAAGGGCCUGUAUCCACGCUGUAUCACUCUAUGACCAGUAUGGGCAAGUUGGGCUGAAGGGCCUGUUUCCACGCUGUAUCAGUCUAUGACCAGUAUGGGCAAGUUGGGCCGAAGGGCCUGUUUCCAUGCUGUAUCAGUCUAUGACCAGUAUGGGCAAGUUGGGCCGAAGGGCCUGUUUCCAUGCUGUAUCACUCUAUGACUGUACUCAAGCCCCAGUCUCUGAUGGCCAUUCACUGGGUUGAGAUCUGCAUCUUCUUUAUUGCAGCAGUUCCUGCACAUCGCUCUGGAGGCAAGGACUGAUGGAGGCCAACACUGGAGUGUGGAGGGACCCCAGAGGUCGCCCACGGGCGUCGGCCCCCGACCUGCGACCCUCACCGCCCCCGAGUUACUAUGACGCGGUGCGGGUGAUGAAGGGCUUGGCCGGCAGUGACUCGGCCAUUCACCACGGCCACGGCCAUGGCUCCUACCGUGAGGCCCAAUACUACCAGAUGACCGACGGUGGGCUGGCCGCUCCCUACCGCAGGCGUGGAGCUCUGGUGGACCACAGGGAUGUCAUCAAAGCUCACCAAGCCCACAAAAUGCACAGCACACCGCAGGCCAAGCGCAAGGAAUGGGAAAUGGCGAGAUUUGGAGACGAGGUGCCGGCCAGGUAUGGCCCUGGUCAAGGAAGCGCUGGCCGAGGAGGGAGCCGGCAGGGCGGACCCCCGGGAGCUCCCCAGAGGAUGUACAAGCAAUCUAUGGCUCAAAGAGCGAGGACUAUGGCUCUAUACAACCCUAUCCCCGUCCGGCAAAACUGCCUCACAGUUAACCGAUCCCUCUUUCUCUUCAGUGAAGACAACUUUGUAAGAAAAUAUGCCAAAAAGAUCACAGAAUGGCCUCCAUUUGAAUACAUGAUUUUAGCAACAAUCAUCGCCAACUGCAUCGUCUUAGCACUGGAGCAACACCUACCCGAUGAUGACAAGACUCCCAUGUCCGAACGACUUGACGACACCGAGCCAUAUUUCAUUGGAAUCUUUUGCUUUGAGGCAGGAAUCAAAAUAAUCGCCCUGGGCUUUGCUUUCCACAAGGGCUCUUACCUACGGAAUGGUUGGAACAUCAUGGACUUUGUUGUGGUUCUCACGGGUAUUGUUGCAACAACAGGGGCAGAAUUCGACCUUCGAACGCUGCGUGCGGUUAGGGUCCUCCGACCCUUGAAGCUGGUUUCUGGAAUUCCAAGUUUACAAGUUGUGCUCAAGUCCAUCAUGAAGGCGAUGAUACCCCUGCUACAGAUCGGCCUCCUGCUGUUCUUUGCCAUCUUGAUGUUUGCCAUCAUUGGGCUGGAGUUUUACAUGGGCAAAUUUCACAAAGCUUGCUUCGACACCAACCGUACGUCCAAGUGCCUUCUUAUCUACAUUCAGAUAUGUAUCCAAUUUGUGCAAUGUUUACCCACAGAUUUUGAGCGUGCCUUUAUAGCGUUGCAUAGAGUCCUAGUGUUGUAUAUUGUCUUGGUUUUGUUACCAGAUGAGAUCCUGGGCGAGUCUCCAUGUGGGACUGAUCUGCCAGCUCGGGUGUGUCCGUCCGGAUCCAACUGCACUGGGUACUGGGAGGGUCCCAAUUAUGGAAUCACACAGUUUGACAACAUCUUGUUUGCUGUUCUCACCGUCUUCCAGUGCAUCACCAUGGAAGGCUGGACCGACCUCUUGUACGAUAGUGACGAUGCUUUGGGGAGCACCUGGAACUGGUUGUACUUCAUCCCUCUCAUCAUCAUCGGCUCCUUCUUCAUGCUCAAUCUUGUUCUCGGGGUGUUGUCCGGGGAAUUUGCUAAAGAGAGAGAGAGGGUAGAGAAUAGGCGAGCAUUCCUCAAACUGAGAAGACAACAACAGAUUGAGAGGGAGUUGAACGGAUACUUGGAGUGGAUUUGUAAAGCAGAGGAGGUAAUAUUGGCGGAGGAGGAGACAGACACGGAGGAAAAAUCACCCUUUGAUGGUGCUAUGAGAAGAGGAACAAUAAAAAAGAAUAAAUCUGACCUGCUGAAUCCUGAAGAGGGUGAGGAUCACCUGGCGGACAUCUCCUCCGUGGGGUCUCCGUUCACAAGAGCAAGUAUUAAAAGUGCCAAAUUGGACGGUUCUUCAUUUUUCCGCAAGAAAGAAAGACGCUUUCGAUUCGUUGUCCGACGAGUAGUGAAAACUCAGGGCUUUUAUUGGACUGUGCUCAGUUUGGUCGCUCUCAACACCUUGUGUGUUGCAAUUGUGCAUUACAAGCAGCCCGACUGGCUCUCUGACUUCCUAUACUAUGCAGAAUUCAUAUUCCUCGGACUCUUUAUGUCAGAAAUGUUUAUAAAAAUGUACGGGCUGGGCACACGACCCUACUUUCAUUCUUCUUUCAACUGCUUUGAUUGUGCGGUUAUUAUAGGCAGUAUUUUUGAAGUGUUCUGGGCUGCAGUGAAGCCGGGGACCUCGUUUGGCAUCAGCGUUUUACGGGCCUUGAGGUUACUCCGUAUCUUCAAAGUCACAAAGUAUUGGGCUUCUCUACGUAACUUGGUGGUCUCCCUCCUGAGCUCCAUGAAGUCAAUCAUCAGCUUGUUGUUCCUCCUGUUCCUCUUCAUUGUUGUCUUUGCCCUUUUAGGAAUGCAACUGUUUGGUGGCCAGUUCAAUUUUCAGUCUGGCACGCCCUCCACCAACUUUGAUACUUUCCCUGCUGCUAUAAUGACGGUGUUUCAGAUCCUGACUGGUGAAGAUUGGAACGUGGUGAUGUACGACGGCAUAGAAUCCCAGGGCGGCGUCAACAGAGGCAUGAUCUCCUCCGUCUACUUCAUUGUCCUGACCCUCUUCGGCAACUACACCCUACUGAAUGUAUUCUUGGCCAUUGCCGUAGACAACCUAGCCAAUGCACAGGAGCUGACCAAGGAUGAACAGGAAGAGGAGCAGGCAGCAAACCAGAAGCUAGCCCUGCAAAAGGCCAAGGAAGUUGCUGAAGUCAGCCCCUUAUCAGCAGCCAAUCUGUCCAUAGCUGCGAAGGAACAGCAGAAGAACCAGAAGCUGGGGAAGACAGUGUGGGAGCAGAGGAUGAAUGAGAUGAGGAAGCAGAACCUAAUGACCAGCCGGGAAGCCAUUUAUAACGAGCUGGACCCUGACGAGAGGUGGAAAAUGACUUAUUCCAUGAACAUCCGCCGGGACAUGAAGACGCACAUGGAUCGCCCCUUAGUGGUCGACCCUCAGGAGAACAGGAACAAUAACACGAACAAGACCAGGUCGGCCGAGCCCACGGUGGACCAGCGUAGCAGUCAGCAGAGGGCCGAGGAGUUCCUGAGGAAGCAGGCUCGUUACCACGACCCCAACAAAGACAGGACCCUGGAGAGGGAGGUGGGGACGAUGGAGCAGGGCGAGAGGGCGAGGAGGUACCGCAGCAACAGCAAGGAAGGGGAGCCCAACCGGGACUGCGCCCCCAGGGACCUGGAGUACCGAGGGAGGGAGCAGGAGGGGAACCAAGAGAGGGGGGUGAGGGAGGGAGAGGGCGAGAGGAACCAGGCCAACGAGCCCCAGCACCGGCGGCACCAGCACCGGCCGGGCGGCGGCGGCAAGGAAGGGAGGAGCGGAGGCGGAGGCGGAGGUGGCGGCACGGCCAGGGGCGAGGGCGACCGGGAGCGUCGACACAAGGGGCACCGGCGCGGCGGCGAGGGGCACGAAGGGGGCGGAGCCGAGGAGGGCGGCAAAGGGGAGAGGCGCUCGAAGCACAGGGACGGCAACCGGGGCAGCAAAGCUGGCGGGGGCGGGGAAGGCGAGCACCCCGACGGGGCGGAGAGGAGACGGAGGAACCGACACCCGCAGUCCACCAACGACAACGAUGCCAAGAAGGAGAGGGAGGACCGGGAUCCAGCAGCGAAGGAGAGGAGGCACAAACGCAAGAAAGAGGGCCAGGGUACUGCUGCCCCUGUGCCAGGCGGCCCGGUCUUGUCCACCACCCGGCCGGUACAGCAGGACAUCAGCAGGCAGAAUGGCCAGCAUGCCGAGGACAUGGACAACCUCCGCAACACCAAGCUGGCAACGCAACCUGCCAAUCCCCGGAACGCCGGCAAUCCCAGGGACACGACCAACCUGGCCAACCCACCCAACCCCUCCUCCGGUCCCCACAACCCCGUCAAAAUUGCAAACCACGCCAAUCCCCCCAACCCCAGUGGCAACCCAGCCAACCCCCUCAACACCGCCAACCGCAAGGCGCCCACCACCAACCCCGGCACCACCGGCAACCCCAAGAACCCAGAGAAUAACCUCAUCAUGACCAACCCGGGCAACCCCAACAACCUAGCCAAACCAGCCCAGAAACCCGAUCACACCACAGUGACCAUCCCCUUCGCAGACCCUACUCUGCAAGUCAACAAAAAUGCAAACACGGAUGCCGUGCCCAAAAAGAUAGAAGAGAAGAAAGAGGAGGAGGACGAGGAGAAAGGUGACGGGGAGGAUGGUCCGAAGCCAAUGCCACCCUACAGCUCCAUGUUCAUCCUGAGCACCACCAACCCACUGCGCAGAGCCUGCCACUACAUCGUGACCCUCCGCUACUUCGAGAUGUGCAUCCUCAUGGUCAUCGCGAUGAGCAGCAUUACACUGGCCGCUGAAGAUCCCGUCCAACCCAACGCCACCAGGAACAACGUUUUGAGAUACUUUGACUAUGUAUUCACAGGAGUCUUUACCUUUGAGAUGGUUAUUAAGAUGAUUGACCUUGGAUUGGUGCUGCACCAAGGUGCCUACUUCAGAGACCUCUGGAAUAUCCUGGACUUCAUCGUGGUCAGUGGGGCGCUGGUGGCGUUUGCUUUCACUGGGAGCAAGGGGAAGGAUCUGAAUACCAUCAAAUCUCUGAGAGUCCUUCGAGUGCUGAGGCCAUUGAAAACCAUCAAAAGGUUGCCCAAGCUCAAGGCUGUCUUUGAUUGUGUGGUGAACUCUCUGAAGAAUGUCCUCAACAUCCUGAUUGUUUACAUGCUCUUCAUGUUCAUCUUUGCCGUGGUGGCAGUGCAGCUAUUUAAGGGCAGGUUUUUCUAUUGCACUGACGAAUCCAAAGAGUUUGAGCGUGACUGCAGAGGGCAGUACCUGGUGUACAUGAGGGAGAGUGAUAUUAAGGCACAGAAAAGGGAGUGGAGACGAUACGAGUUUCAUUACGACAAUGUGCUGUGGGCUCUCCUCACCCUGUUCACUGUAUCGACUGGAGAAGGCUGGCCAGAUGUGCUGAAACAUUCUGUGGAUGCUACCUACGAGAACCAAGGACCCAGCCCUGGUUACAGGAUGGAGAUGUCUAUCUUCUAUGUUGUCUACUUUGUGGUCUUCCCCUUCUUCUUUGUCAACAUCUUCGUGGCCUUGAUCAUCAUCACCUUUCAGGAGCAGGGAGAUAAAAUGAUGGAGGACUACAGCCUGGAGAAAAAUGAGAGAGCCUGCAUCGAUUUUGCUAUCAGUGCCAAACCCUUAACUCGACACAUGCCACAGAACAAGCAGACCUUUCAGUACAAGAUGUGGCAGUUUGUGGUGUCACCUCCAUUCGAGUACACCAUCAUGGCCAUGAUUGCCCUCAAUACUGUGGUGCUAAUGAUGAAGUUUUCCGAGCAACCACAGUCUUACGACGAUGUUCUGAAGUAUCUCAAUAUGGUGUUCACCAUUUUGUUUUCAUGUGAAUGUAUUCUGAAGAUUGUUGCCUUUGGAAUUCUGAACUAUUUUCAGGAUGCUUGGAAUGUAUUUGAUUUUGUCACCGUUUUGGGCAGUGUGACUGAUAUAUUAGUGACGGAGUUUUGGAAAAACAUCAUCAACCUGAGCUUCUUGCGGCUCUUCCGCGCAGCCAGGCUCAUCAAGCUGCUGAGGCAAGGCUACACCAUCCGCAUUUUACUGUGGACGUUCGUUCAGUCCUUCAAGGCCUUGCCUUAUGUCUGUCUAUUGAUCGCGAUGCUGUUCUUCAUUUAUGCUAUCAUUGGAAUGCAGGUGUUUGGGAACAUUGCCGUUGAUGAUGAUGAAGAUAGUGAGAUCAACCAUCACAACAACUUCAGGACUUUCUUCCAAGCCCUCACCCUACUUUUUCGGAGUGCCACAGGAGAGGCCUGGCACAGCAUCAUGCUGUCGUGUUUGGGGGGCAAACUGUGCGACCCUCGCUCGGGCAUCGCGGGCCACGAGUGCGGCAACGAGUUUGCCUAUUUCUACUUUGUGUCCUUUAUCUUUCUCUGCUCAUUCCUGAUGCUGAACCUCUUUGUCGCUGUGAUCAUGGACAACUUUGAGUACUUGACAAGGGACUCAUCCAUCCUCGGUCCUCAUCACUUGGAUGAGUACGUCAGGGUGUGGGCUGAGUACGACCCUGCUGCCCGCGGUCGCAUUCAUUAUAAGGAUAUGUACAGUUUAUUGCGUGUUAUCUCACCCCCUCUGGGCUUAGGCAAGAAAUGUCCUCAUAGGGUGGCGUGCAAGAGGCUCUUGCGAAUGGACUUGCCAGUUGCCGAGGACAACAGCGUACAUUUCAACUCCACUCUCAUGGCUUUGAUCAGAACCGCCUUGGACAUCAAAAUCGCUAAAGGAGGCGCUGACAAACACCAAAUGGACCGUGAGUUAAGGAAAGAGAUGAUGUCCAUUUGGCCCAACCUUUCCCAAAAGACAAUUGAUCUGUUGGUCACACCUCAUAAAUCGACAGAUCUGACUGUAGGGAAGAUCUACGCAGCCAUGAUGAUCAUGGAGUACUACCGACAGAGCAAAGCCAAAAAGCUCCAGUUACUCCACGAGGAGCAGAACCGAACGCCAUUACUAUUUCAGCGCAUGGAACCAGCAUCACCUACCCAGGAGAUGGAGCCGGGGCAGAGUGCCUUGCCGGAGCAGCCGCUCGUGUCUGGGGACACCCUACCACAAGAUGGGGUUAUGAAGGAGAGUCAAUCUUGGGUGACCGAUCGAGCUCAAAAAAUGUUUCAGCAGACAGGGGCGUGGAGUCCUGAAAGAGGUCGAUCAGAGGAUAUAGAAGACAUUCGGCCAAACUCUCAGGCUGUGGAGAUGCAAGGAAUGGGGAGGGACGCCUACUCGGACAGCGACCAUUACCUCCCGAUGGAAGGCCACAGUCGAGCAUCCUCCAUGCCACGACUGGCAGCAGGGAAUCAAACCAUCGAAGACACGAGUCCAAUUAAGCGAUCGGCAUCCACACUGGGCCAUCAGCGUCCCAAGGGCAUACGGCUGGAUGACUACUCGCUGGAGAGGGUCAUUCCCGAGGAGUCACAAAGGAGCCAUCGCCGCAGGGAGAGAGGUCACAGGACAUCAGAGAGGUCGUUGAGUCGAUACACGGAUGCAGACACAGCUUUUAUUGACAUAGGGCUCGGAACAGACCUCAGCACGACCACACAGUCGGGUGACCUCCCUCCGAAGGAGAAGGACCGGGAGCGAGGAAGGACCAAGGACAGGAAGCACCACCACCACCACCACCACCACCACCACACGUCGGCUGACAAGGAGCGUUAUUCCCAGGAGCGGCACGAGUACAGCAGGCCUCGAUCAAGGGAGAGGAGGUGGUCUCGGUCACCGAGUGCAGGGCGCGAGUGUGUCCCCCAUAGACAGGGCAGUAGUUCUGUGAGUGGGAGCCCAGUUCCUUCCACUUCUGGUACCAGCACACCGAGGAGGGGACGUAGGCAACUCCCCCAGACUCCUUCCACGCCUAGGCCUCAUGUCACCUACUCCCCUGUGGUCCGCAAGGCCAUGAACACAUCGCAGCAGCAGCAGCAGCAGCAACAGCAGCAACAACAACAACAGCAGCAGCAGCAGCAGCAGGGCAGGACACCGACCCCUGUGCCACGCCGGUACUCACCCCCUCCCCCGGAGCACCACAGGGGCGAGCGGCACGGCAGCAGCAGCCGAUCCCCCGGCACGGAGAGAGGCGGCUCCCCCCGGCUACACCGCCAGAGCAGCGGCCAGUGGUCAACCCCCAGCUCCCACCUCUCCGAGCCUUACCUGGGGUGCCACGACGAUGACUAUUACCGCAGCGCCGAAUACGAGGCGGCAUCGAGGGAGGAGACUCUGACCUUCGAGGUGGCCAUGGCGACGGCGACGAGUUCCGGGCGGUCGCCGAGGACUUGUCGGGGGCCGCAGUCCUCCUCCUCCUCCGUGUCCCUCCCCAGACACGGGCGCCGUGUGCCCAACGGGUACUACCACAACCUGGGCCCGAACAAAACGCGUGGGCCUGGCGCAAGGAAAGGGAUGCACGAACCCUACAGUGAGACCGACGAGGACGACUGGUGCUAGCCCCCCUCCUCCUCCCUCAUAUCCUUCACCCCGGAAACCCCCUCCAUACUUCUUACAUUGCCAAGCGAGCUAUGGACGAGCCAAGAGUCUCCGGGCCUCUUCUGAGGAGCUCUGUAGCCUUCCAAAAAAAAAAAAAAAAACACACACACACUCACACACGGACAUAAAUCGAAGAAGGAAUGAGGUUGGAGGGGCAAUUAAACCUGAGGUGUGCGUGUGAGGGGCGUCGAGGAAUCAAAAUGGCGGCCCGGCCUAGUGCUUGGCUCAAUUGAGCGGGAAACAAGACCCUGUUUUGAGGGGGAGGAAAAAGCGUUUGGGGUUUUAUCGAUGAGUUUUAUCAUCCAUUACCUGCUAAUAUGUUAUUUGGUAUUGUUUGCCUCGGGUGUGAUGGGCUUGGGAGGAGGGGGGGUGGUGGGUAACUGGGUGUUUAGGAUGCCUGGCGGUGUGUAGGCCGCAGGAGGAGCGGUUACUAAGCAACGGUGGUCACCAUGCGGCCUGGCCUUCAGCCUCAUCAGAACGGUCCACCACAGCAUGGAUUCCUCUCCCUCUCUCUCUCUCUCUCUCUCUAUAAAGAGCAUGUUGUGACCGAGAGCACUUUGAUUU